UUAUGAAUGAUGCUGUAGAUAACAUUUAUGAACAAGUUUCUGUGUGGACAUGUAUUUUCUUAUGGUGUCAUUUUCUUUCUCUAGUACAGCUUCGCUUCUCUUCACCUGUGCUGUUGUUGUCAGAUACAUUCCAUUUCUAUAUGUUGUAGGCUGACAACAUAUAUAUAUAUAUAUAUAUACACACACACACGUAUGGUUUUAUAUAUACAUAUAUAUGGUUCUAUAUAAUUGCUUUGAAAUUUAAGAGAAAAAAAUGUAUUUAUGCUGUCUUUUAUAACUAUAUUACAAUUUCUGGUACUCUUUGCUUUUUUUUUUUUUAAACUGGAUCCAGAUUACCAUCUGGAGUCACUAGCUUUCAGCCUGAAGAGCUUCCUGCAGGGUUUCUCGUAAGGCAGGCUUGCUAGCGAUGAACUGUCGUUUUUGCUUUUUUAGUCUGUGGAUGUCUUCAUUUCACCUUGACUUUUUGAAAGGUCGUUUUGCUGGAUGUAGGAUUCUUGGUUGACUGGUCUUUUUCUUUCAGCUCUUUGCAUGUGCUGUCCUACUGCCUUCUGGCCUCUGUGGUUUCUGAUGAGAGAUCAACCAUUAAUCUAAUUAGGUUCCCUUCUUUCCCUCCUUGUCUUUCAACAUUUUUAUUAUGUCCGUUAGUUUGUGUUUGUCCAACUUGGAGUUCAUUGAGCUUCUUGGAUGUGUCGAUUCGAUGUUUCCCAUCAAAUUUGGAAGAUUUUUUGUCUGUUUCUCAGGUUGCAUAAUUUUUAUCAGUCUGUCUUUAAAUUUGCUGAUUCUUCUGCCAGUUGAAAAUCUCCUGUUGAGCCUUUACAGUGAAUAUUUCAUUUUAGUUAUUAUUUUUCUCAACUUCAGAGUUUCCAUCUGGUUCUUUUUUAUAAUUCCUGCCCCUCUGUUGAUAAUCUCUAUUGGAUGGCACACUGCCAUCACACCUUCCUUUACUUCUUUACGCGUAGUUUCCUUUAGUCCUUUGAACACAUUUACGAUGACUGCUUGGAAGACUUUGUCUGUUAACUCUGACAUCUGGGCCCUUCCCAGGAAGAUUCUGUUGCCUGCUUUUUUUUCUCUUUGAAUUGUACUUUCCUGUUUCUUGGCAUAAUUGCUUGGAGUUUUUGAUGAAAACUGAACAUUAAAUACUAUAUUGCAGUAACUCUAGCUACUGCUCCCGUCUCCUCCAAGGGCCUGUCGUCAUUAUUUGCGUGUUGGUUUGUUGAUUGGCUGGACUGCUCCAGGGAAGCCUUGACCCCCACGUGUAAAGUCUGCUGUCGUUCCUGUGAGGGCACCGCGCCCUGGGAGCCAGCGGAGCUCUGUGACGGCCACUUUCUGUGGCGGCUCUAAGUUGUUGUCUCUUGCUGCCACACCCACCCAGCUGUGGGCUCCCCUCAUUGCAGGAUGAUUGCUGUCUCGUUUUCGACAAUUUAUAAUCAGUGUGCUUUGCAGUCUGGUCUCAUCCUAUUUGGGCCACUUUGCAGAAGUCAUUUCGAGGCCAGUCUUUGAGUCUCUUCUGAUGCCAGGGGAGCCCUUCUUAGCUGUCUUUUCUCCCUGAUACCCUCUGGUAAACUUCCAGCUGGCCUGUGGUUUAACCUGUUGCUCUCAUGAAGCUGCCGGCUUCCUCUUAGUUGCUUACCUCCAAAACCUUCAUAGUUUUCAAGAGCAUCCUUAGGCUUGAAUUCCCCACAUUCUUUUUAAAGUAAUGUCAGUUCUUGUUGAUACGUCUCUAAGUCUCUUUUAAUUUAUAGGUCUCCAUCCCUAUCCUCUUUUAUUAUGAUUAUCUGUUGAAGAACCUGGUCAGUUGUCCUGUGGAGUCUCUCUCUGCAUUGUCUGCUAACAUGUCCUUUGCUCAUCCGGUAAAUCCCACCUGACUUGGAGUCAUGAGCAGAUUCAGAUCCUGUUGGUUUGGUUGGUUUGGACCAGACUCUUGCUAGCAGGAGGCACAGAGUGUCCGACUUGUCUGCUGUGUGGUGAUGUCAGUAGCCACUGAUGACCACCUAGGGCCACUAAUUCACUAGAGGUUACAAAUAGUGAUGUUUUAAUUCUGUAAGUCCUUUUUUUUUUUUUUCACUAAUUAGCCAAAAUAAUUCAGUAAAGAGAAUCUUCCCCCAUCUACUUUUUGGUUACCCAGCAUUACCAUUUAUAUAAGAGAGAGGAGGUCACUGAUGGCUUAUUCUUCCCAAUUAAUUCCCAGUUUCAAAUCAGUGAAUUAGUUCACUAUGAGUUCACUAGCAUGCUUCAACUAUGACCAAUUAGUUUUUAUUUUUAUUUUUGGGACAUUUUGAACUCAUGGAUUUAAGCUUAUUUGUUUCAAUUCACUAUAGAUACUAUUUAAUAUUAUCUAAUAUUCCAUUUGUCCCAUCUUUGGGAACUGGGAGCAUCUUCAGAUGGCCUCCUGAAUCCUUCUGACCUUACAGUCCCAGAGGCCUUCGUAUCUCUGAGGGCUCUGUCGCUGCCUGGUCCGAGCAGGUGUCCCAGCCGCUUGUGCACAAGCCCUUCUCUGGACCUGAAAACAGCUGCUCCUCCACGGUGCCCUGGUUCCUUUCAGUGGAAGGGGGUCUUCGAGAACCCGUCUCACAGCUAGCAGUGCUCAUGCAUACUGGCUCACUCAUUUCUGUACAAAGUGAGGAAAUCUCUUUAAAAUAAAAUUGAUCUUGAGUUCGUAUUGAUAACUUGCCCUUCACUUCACGGCUGUAAAAUUACCUCCUGAGAUCUUUCACCCGUGCUGUCUUCCUCCCGAGCUUAGAAUCCCGGUUGUCGGUACCCUCGGAUCUGACAGAGUAUCGCGUGAGGCCCUCAGUAGUCUCAGCACAAGACCAGCACCAUCACUAAUAUCAGAGCAAAAGCAGUUUAAGGUGACGUCAGACGUCCAAAGUAUAUUCAACAGACUGAUUUGGCUGCAACACUGUCAAUAGGGCUUGGUCUGCCGAUUCCAAAGAGCAGCAUCGGCAAUCUUAUAUUCCCAGUUGUAGAAGGAAAGCCAAUGAGGGAACAACUGAGAUUUUUACAUUUAAAUACAGUACAGCUUAGCAAGUUGUUGCAGGAGAAUGUUCCAUCAUAUAAAAAAGAGCCUGGGUUUGAGCAGUUUAAAGUGUCGGAAAGGUUGCACGGGAACUGGGUCAGACUGUACUUGGAGGAGAAUAGCUCAGAAGUCCUUUCCAACCUGGGAAGCAAGGUUCGCAGGCAGUACUUGGACGCGCUGAGGGCCCUGAGCCUGUCCCUGAGCAGACAAGCAGCCCAGUAUGACGUCUACUCCAUGGCGGUGGGGACCGUCCUGGUCCUGGAGGUCCUCGCGCUGCUUCUGGUCAGCGGCCCCCGGGCACUGAGCGGCAAGGCCGAGCUGGACGUCCCUCUGCCGUCGCCCGCGUUCUCUCUGCUCUGUUACCUGCUGCCCCUGGGCCUCGCAGCGCUCCACGUCACCGUGUGCACCUCCGCAGGCGGAACGUGCUACCUGUGCAGCCUCCCGUGGCUGACGGCAGGCGGAGUGAUGGUGCUGGUUUCCACACUGCUCUGCGCAGUGCUGUCUGCUCUCACCGGGAUGUUUGCCGGCGGAAAGCGUCUGAGUAAGAAUCCACCUCAAUGCAACUCAAGGUCGUCGGAAUUAGAUCUUCUCAUCUUGCUGGGGACCGUGGGCCACACGUUGAGUCUGGGCGCAAGCAGCUUCAUCGAAGAGGAGCCCCAGACGUGGUACUUCCUCGUCAACACGCUGUGUCUAGCUCUGUGCCACGAAAUCUACAGAAACUGCUUUCUGGGAGACGACUGUGCGCCUCAGCGUUGCCCGCACGCGGGAGAGGACUUUGACGGGGUCGCAGCGGCCCCACAGGGCAAGAGCCCUGGCCCUGACGUGUGGGAGCUCGACAGAGCGUCCAGGCGCCCCUCUCCCCUGGGAGCGCUCAGAGGCCCUGAUAGGUGGAUGGUGCUGGCGAGCCCGUGGCUGAUUCUGACCUGCUGCCGGCUGCUUCGGUCACUGAACCAGACGGGUGUGCAGUGGGCCCACCGGCCUGACCUGGGGCACUGGCUCACCAGCCCUGAUCAUAAGGUUGAACUCUCUGUUCUGGCCGCAGUUUCCCUCAUCAUGAUUUUUGUGUUGGUUCAGAAGAGGUGCUCCCUGGCAUCAAAAGUGGCCAUGGCGUUUGGCCUGCUGGGCAUCUAUUGCUACAGGGUGGCCAUUGGAAAUCUGCUGUUCCCAUGGCAGCAAAACAACAAAGACAUUUCAAAGGGCAUCACCGAAGCUCGUUUUGUUUAUGUCUUUGUCCUUGGCAUUCUGUUCACGGGCACCAAAGGCUUGCUUAAAUCUCAGAUCACUGCUGAUGACUUCACAGUCAAGACCGUGGGCCUCUGGGAAAUAUACAGCGGGUUAGUUCUGCUGGCGGCGCUGCUCCUCAGACCUCACAAUCUUCCCGUCUUAGCCCUGAGCCUCGUCAUCCAGACCAUCAUGACUCAGUUCGUCUGGCGGCCCCUGAGGCACAACGCAGCUGAGGUCACCGUGAUGCAUUACUGGUUCGGUCAAGCGUUCUUCUAUUUUCAGGGAAACUCCAACAGCAUCGCCACCGUGGACAUCUCAGCAGGCUUCGUGGGCCUGGACGCCUAUGUGGAGAUCCCAGCCAUGCUCCUGACGACGUUUGCGACAUACACGGGGCCUGUGCUGUGGGCCAGCCACCUGGUAAACUUCCUGACCUCAGAAGCCAGCAGCGGUUCGGCGCUGAGUCAUGCUUGCUUCUGCUACGCACUGAUUUGUUCUGUUCCAGUUUCUGCAUAUAUCAUUUUUGUGACAUCCCUGCGUUAUCAUUUAUUUAUAUGGAGUGUGUUUUCUCCAAAACUUCUCUAUGAGGGAAUGCAUCUACUCAUCACAGCUGCUGUCUGUGUAUUCUUCACAGCCAUGGACCAAACCAACACAAAGUCUUAGACUAAGUUAUUAGAGAGAAUAUAUUUUUUAAACUUUACUGUUUACUUCAUGGAUUUGCAUAAUGAAAGAAAUCUGUUUAAAUGCAAGAUCAUUCUUAAAAAAACAAGGUGUGAAUUCUAUAAGGUUGGUAACAGUUUCCAUUUCUUUGACUACUGUACUUGAAUUUAGGUUAAAUAGUAAGUGGUUUUAAAAGGUCAUUUUGAAAUACUUAGUUUGGAUACGAAUUGUAUUCCCCUGUUGACAAUCACUCCAGAAACUUCUGAACUUUUAAUUUCCUCUGGAUAAGUUACCCAAAUAUAUCUGUUUGAACUGAAGAAUAAAAAGUUUCCAGGUUUGUCACAGUGCACGGGAGCCUCGGAGGGCCUGGGGGCUCUGUGGGACGGGGCUCAUCUGCUGCCGGGGUCCCCUCGCAGAGCUCAGGAACUACCGGGGUCCCCAGCUGCUUGGGUUUAUGUGGGCUACGUCUGUCAGCAUUUAUGGCAUUUAAAAUUAAAACUAAGGCAUUCAAAAAUAUGUAUUCAUUUGAAAAUAAGGUUAUAAACCCAUUGUGUGUUAAUACAACAUUUUAAAGAAAAAUAUUUUUUCCAAAACAAAAAUAUUGAGCGAGGAGAGUGGCAUUGCUUUACAUUUUUGUGAAUCUAAUGUCUGACUUAAUUGAAGGUGGUUGGAUUCUGCAUCUGUCUGUUGUGUGUGUGUGUGUGUGGUUGGAGCAGUCGCACAGAUAUGUCAUUGGAAAAGGGAAGAGCACUUUAAUACCCUUUUCUGAUCAUCAUGGAUGUUCUUUCUUGAUACUGCAAUAAAAUUGGACCUGUGAUAGUUUCUUAAAGAUUAGUUGGAGAAAGAAGAAAUGAGCGUGUGUAAAACAGGUGAAGACCUACUCAGGUCUCACCUGAGUGAACAGACUGGCACCCAUGUCCGCUGCCAGGUUUGACAAGGACUGUGGCCAUGUUAGGUACUGUUGUUGGGGAAAGCUGGGUGAAUUGUACGUGGGACUCUCAGUAAUAUUUUUAUAACUUGUGAGAUUUAAACUUUUCAAAAUAAAAGUUAUUUUAAAAAAGAACAGAUCAGUUGCAUUGUGG